UGUCAUCCCAUUCACAGGAAACCCUAGAUAAAGACACCCACUUUUAACAGUGACAUUAGUAUUUUUUUCUACAUCCUUUUCUUGAUUCUUGAUACCAUUUUUUCUUCUUCUAAUAAAUAUUAAUUCUGGGUCUAUAAUAUAUGAAUAUAAAUCCAUUCAUAUAUUGUAGGUACUAGAAGAAUCUGAGGACCUCACAUUCAUCUUUAUCUGCUUGAAUCUUUCACCUUUCCAAGUCAAUAAUCCUGCAUUUGGAUUCAAGAUGGAAGUGCACAAUUCUGAACAUGGACAUAUUAUUGAAGUACGAGGAAAUGUUCCAGCUGAAGACAAAAGCUUUCGUGGGAUUAAGGUAUGUGGUGAAGCGCCAUGUGGGUUUGCAGAUGCUAAAACAAGUUCUAAAGAUGCAGAGGAACGAUCAGCCUCAAUGCGGAAACUUUUGACAGCAGUUGUACUCUGUGUCAUUUUCAUGAGUGUAGAAGUUGUUGGAGGUAUUAAAGCCAACAGUCUCGCAAUUUUGACAGAUGCAGCUCACUUAUUGUCAGAUGUUGCAGCAUUUGCAAUUUCUUUGUUCUCAAUAUGGGCAUCAGGGUGGGAGGCAACUCCUCGUCAGUCUUAUGGUUUCUUUAGGAUUGAAAUACUGGGUGCUCUUGUAUCCAUUCAAAUGAUAUGGCUUCUUGCUGGAAUCCUUGUCUAUGAAGCCAUUGCCAGACUUAUCAAUGAAACUGGGGAAGUUAAGGGUUUUCUCAUGUUUGCGGUCUCUGCAUUUGGUUUAGUGGUUAAUAUUGCCAUGGCACUGUUGUUGGGCCACGAUCAUGGCCACAGUCAUGAUCAUGGACAUGGGGGGCAUGAUCAUGGAUAUGGAAAGCAUCACCACAGCCAUGGGGAUCACGGUGACACACAUCAUCACGGGAUCAGUGUGACCAGACAUCAUCAUCAUCACCAUGGGGGUCCGUCACAGCAUGAUCAUGAGCAUGAUGCUCAUGGAGAUGAUAUCAAUGCACCUCUGCUUAAGAAUCACUGUGAAGAUGAAGUUGAAACAGAAAGUGGAGUUAAACAGAAAAAGCAGUGGAAUAUCAACAUACAGGGGGCUUAUCUCCAUGUGCUGGGGGAUUCCAUUCAGAGUGUUGGAGUGAUGAUUGGUGGAGCAAUUAUAUGGUAUAAACCUGAGUGGAAGAUUAUUGAUCUGAUAUGCACACUCAUUUUCUCAGUAGUUGUGCUGGGAACGACUAUCAGGAUGCUGCGGAACAUCUUGGAAGUUCUGAUGGAGAGCACACCUAGAGAGAUUGAUGCCACAAAACUCGAGAAAGGUCUUUGUGAGAUGGAUGAAGUUGUUGCCAUCCAUGAGCUUCACAUUUGGGCUAUUACUGUUGGGAAGGUCUUGCUGGCUUGCCAUGUUAUAGUGAAGCCUGAUGCUGAUGCUGACAUGGUGCUAGAUAAGGUCAUUAACUACAUAAAGAGAGAGUAUAACAUUAGCCAUGUUACAAUUCAAAUAGAGCGCGAGUAGAUCUGGAGGGCUGUAUUUAGGCGAGACAGUCUUUCAAACUUGAUAUUUUUCUAUGUAAUUUGAAAUAUUAUUUUAGCAGGCCUUUUGCUUUAAAUAAUAUUUGUCUCUUAUUUCAUAUAUUCCAAAUAAUUUUGGUAGAAAGUUAUUUUUCAA